UUAUGGCAUCCGGGGUGUCAGAGACCCUGAUGUAUCGGUGGCGCUCUCUGUAUACCGACCUGAUAUCAUCUAAGAGUGUGAGGGACCCCGUCGACUCUCUGCACUAUAUAAUAUCAUCUUGAGGUGUCACGGACCCCGGUAAUUUUCUCUGCGUAACUUUUGACUCCGACCACAAACGCAACACACAAACGCAACGGUUUUGAGCCAUAAUUUAUAUAUAGAACAGAACAGAACAACCAAGAACAACUCAAUGCUUUUAUGCCACACGAUUCGAGACAUUCCAGUGCUGCCUCUUUACCAUUUGCAUGUCACAUUCUACUGUAUCAACUCACAAUCAGUUGAAUUUUGACUGGUACUGUAAGCAGUGAGUACAGAGCACUGCUGUAUACUUGUAUAUACAUUUCAGCACUAUUGGUAGUAGGAAUUGAUAUCAGAAACAUUGAUAUGUAUACACAUAUUUGUUAUUCUAAACAGAGAGAAAUACAGAAUUUCAAGUUUCUUUAAUUUAAAUGCCCUUUAAUUAUAAAUUGUAAUAUAUAUUAAAAUAGUUAAUAAGUAAUUUAGCAUAAACUACUAAUAUAGAUUUACAGAAUUGUUGAAUACUGCUACACUAUGGCUUCAGCUUCAAGCACAAGUGCUCGUAGUUUAUUUGUUGAAUCAAAAAUGAGAUUAGCUGAUAGAGUACAAGUUAAUGUAAAUAACAUUGCAUCCCUUGCAAGGCAAAUACAAAGAGGUUCAAAAAGUAGCGAGAUGUUAAUGCAUAGUGCAAAAAAUUUUGCACAACAGGAACAUGGAUUAGAAACUGCUGAAAAUAAUUUAAAGAAAGUUGCUCUUAUAACAACUCAUUUAGAAUAUCAAAUGGAAUCUAUCAAUAGAAGUUCUGUGAUUUUAGAGCAAGUUACUGAACAAAUACGUGCUAUGCAAAGAUAAAUUGUAAUGAAUUCAUGAAUGAAUAGCAUAAUCAUAAUUUUAUAUAAUUUGUUACAUAUUUUUGAUACAUUUGUUGAUAUGUUAGAAAUUGAUGAAAUGAAUUUGUUUCUUCUUGAGAUUUAAGUUUAUGAUUGUAUAUAAAUAGUUGUAAAAAAUAUUUUACAUCAAUACUGUAUGGUAUUAAGGAAUACAUGUAAUGCACUAAUUGUUUUUCUAUUAUUUUAUUCUGAAUUAAGGUAUUCUAUCAAAGAUUUCCUUGAAUUUUUUAAAUUCAGUAUAGUUUUUUGUUUUAAUAGUUUCCAUGAAAAUAUUUAUAAACAUACCAUUGAAAUCAAAUCACAUAAUACAAUUGUAUAUAACAGUCCGGGUUUAAUAUUAAAACGAAAAAUGAUAAAUAAUGUAUAUCUUGUUAAAUCAUUUGUCGUUUAUUUUAUGUACUUAAUUUAUAACCUGAGUUUGAAAAAAAUUUAAUACAAUUAUUAGAAAAUGAUAAAUUCAUAUCUUCUUAGAAAGCUACAACUCUAUGUAAAUACAUUCGAUUCUUUACAUAAAAUUUCGUAAUUAUAUUAUGUAUUUUGUAAUAUUUAAAUUAAUGACGCAAAAAAGUAGUAUUAUGACGUUUUACCAAAUGAAAGUUUUAUCAAUUUUGGCUACAUACACAAGAUACAAUUUGCUAAAUAAUUAAAUUCUUGUUGUGAAAGAGACUUUCCAAAAAAUCGUAUUGUACAAUUUAUCAAGGAUAUAAAAUAUCAUAAUGACCAGGACGAUAUAAUAAAUGAACUGCUGGAGUAGCACCUUCAGGAAAA